CUUGAAAUGCAUGAUAACUUACCAUGAACAAAACCGGCUGUAUGUGUGAUAUUGGUUAAAAACGUUGUAUGAAUUACAUACCAACCGACUCCGUACAAUGUCAGACUCAUGUUCAAGUUCGGACACCAACGCUGUCGACGAUACGGCGUCGUAAAUUUGGGCAGCUUUUUGAAACCAUGGGCCAGAGCAAGAAGACCAGAGUGUUUGCUCUGGUCUUCCUUGGAAUUGUGGUCAGUUUCACAUUCAGUGUAUGGACUAGUAGGUACGCGCGUUUCCCACCUUUGAGAUGCUUGUACGUUGCCAGAACACGUGUGAGCAAUGCUGCUCACAAUUUAGCUCGACCGAAUGCGAUACGAGACGAGUUUCAUACCAAAGGCUUCUUAUUUAUUUCCGUAAUGAGUUCACAAAAAUAUCUUAACACGAGAGCUCGCGGCGUUUGGGAAACGUGGGGCAAGGAAGUGCCAGGCAAAUUGGCGUUCUUCACUGGGCAUAUUAACAGGACAGAUGAUACAAAAUACUUACCAAUCAUCGAGCUUGAUGUGCCCGAUGAUGUUUACCCGCCACAGACAAAGGCAUUCAAAAUGCUUGAGUACGUCUACGAGCAUUUUGUUGAUAAAUAUGAGUGGUUUAUGAGAGCCGACGAUGAUGUUUAUUUACGGACUGAUAAACUACGAUUAUAUCUGAUGAAAUUUGAUAGCGCUGAAGACCUAGUUAUCGGGCAGCCGGGCACGGGGAAAAAGGAAGAAAUUGGAAAACUCGGUUUGGGCAGAGAUGAUAAUUUUUGUCUUGGCGGGCCCGGUAUUAUGAUGACUUCAAGUGUCUUGCGAAACGUUGGACCAAAUGCAGUGUAUUGUUUAAAUACUACAGCCUCGUAUCACGAAGAUGUAGAAAUAGGCCGGUGUUUACGGCAAUUUGGCGGUGUUAUGUGCCCCUGGGGGUUUGAGGUAGGUAAACCGACGGUAUAGCUUCUAACUAUUUUGUAAUUUUCUGAUUUAAGUAUCAAUUGCCCCGGGAGUUUGAUUAUUGUUUUAGCAUGUAUAUUUAUUGCCUCGCUCAUUGCCACAUUAUAUAAUAUUAUGAUUGCAACCUUUUUAGAAUUAGAACGUUCUCAUUGCAACAUUUAUAUCUAUUAGAACACAUUCGAAUUCGUUCGGCAUGGUCUAUAUUUUAAAAUAUCUCAUGACCUCUGACAAUGUAUAGGGCACAAAAUUACAAUGUAUAGGGCACAAAUUUAUCGGCAUUCGGCACUUUGUUUGUUUUAAAGGCGAUAUUAAUCAAGAUUUUAUCACAAAAUAAUUAGCCAACUCUAAAAAAGUCGCUCGAAGCUGGGAAAACGACGAAUUUAAUAAAUCGCUUAUAUUGAAAUUUGAUUAUUUUUGCAUAAGUUUUUAUUAGGAUUAUAGGAUCAAUUUUUGAUAAAAUUAUAUGGUCGAGAAAACAUGCAUAAUUGUUAAAGUGAAAGCAAAAAUUUUAUAGGUGUUUAAUGUGGUUAAACUUCGUAAUAUUCCUACCCUACUUUUACAAUAUUAUUAAAUUCAUUUCGACGAUUUAUAAACAUUAAUAUUACAUUGGCAUUUUCUAAGUAUAAACUCAGCUGGGUGUAUACGUGAUAUAUUAUGAAUUCCACAAGAUUACUAGAAGCAAUAUUAAAUAUUUCAAUUAAAUUUAAAUAAUUUGAUCUAAGGUCAUCUAUAAAUAUCAUUUUUAGGGCCUGUUCAUAUGAUCCUGUUCAUAUGAGAAAGCGAGCUGGCCCGCUUGCCGAGAUCUCGUUUGAAUUUGCCGAGAUCAUAGGUAGGCGGGAUAAAAAAUUUUCCAUAUGAACACGCCAGCCCGCUUACCGGGAUGAAGUCAAACAAGUCUUGCCGGUUUAAUUUAACACUUUUUACUUGGUUUUAUGUUUGUUUUGUAAACAAGUAUUAAAUAAGCACCUGAAGCAAUACUUUUUCUAGUAAAUAAACGAAGAAAAACACUAAAAUCGCUAAGUAUUUGUGUUACUUGACUGAAAUGUAGAAGUUUUGCAUACGCUAAUUAUAGAACUACAAUGUAAUUUCAUCUCGGCAAGCGGGACGAAAUAUUCCAUAUGAACGCACGGAAAUAUUCGUCUCGGUAAGCGAGACGUCCCGGUAAGCGGGAUCAUAUGAACAGGCCCUUAGUCCGUAAUUGCAAUGUUAUUCAAAAAAAAAAAAAUCCAGUUGAAUAUAAUCAGAAUAUUGCGGAUCUACGCAUAUGACGCAUGAGGCAUUCUUUCGCCUGCAUGUGCUUUGCACGUGGUCGAUGUUCGAAUGCGCCUUUUGAACUUUGCAUACACACGCAAAAAUCUCCGAUCUUGUAACAAGUUUGUCAACAAACUGCCAACAAGUUGUCUUCGCACUGUUUGUCACAAGUUGUCAACAAAUUUGGAACAAGCUGUUAACAAUUUGUAACAACCUUGUUGAUAUUAUCAGACUUGUAGCAAGGUUGUUCCAACAAGUCCGAUACAGUAAUGAAUGAUAUAGCAGUAAUGUUACAAUCUUGUGUCGUCAGUCAACCUGGAAAACAUUCUUGUUAUAUCAUGACUGUAUCAGACUUGUUAGAACAUCCUUGUAACAAGUCUGAUAAUUCCAUCAAGCUUGUUACAAGUUGUUAACAGCUUGUUCCCAAACUUGUUCCAACAACUGGGAACAAGCAGUGCGAACACAACUUGUCGACAGUUUGUCAACAGACUUGUUUGCAGACCUGUCACAACUUGUGCGUUUUUACGGUGUGUAAAAAUCUCGCAUCUUGUAACAAGGCUGCCAACAAGUUGUGUUCGCACUGCUUGUCCCAAGUUGUCAAGUUUGGAACAAGCUGUUAACAACUUGUAACAACCUUAUUGAUAUUAUCAGACUUGUUGCAAGGUUGUUCCAACAAGUCCGAUACAGUCAUGAUAUAACAAUAUUGUUACAACCUUGUAACAUUCUUGUUAUAUCAUGACCGUAUCAGACGUUGCAACAAGUUUGAUAAAGCCAUCAAGCUUUUUUGUUAACAGCUUGUUCCAAACUUGUUACAACAACUGGGAGCUUGUUGGCAACUUGCGACAAGGUUGUUGAGCUCAACCAACUUGUUACAAGUUGUUCCAACAACGUGUUAUCGCGGGGACCGCGGAGCCUGUUGAAAACGGGGGGCAGGAUAGCACGGGAGGUAUGCCACGCAGGCAGGCUGAAUUUUAUCCAUCGAAAAAGUGGGGGCGGGGGGGACAUCCUCCCCCCGCCCCCUGUUAGCGGUCCCUGCCAUGUUCCUCAUAAAUAUACUAUAUAUAACGAUAUAUUGGACUGUACAUGUUUUGUGACCUGUUACCAAAGCAUUGACAAAGCCGCCAUGUUUGCAUAUAGCGUAGGAAAAUUCAUCCACAUGUUGUACUUUGUAGUUCAAUUGGAGAAAGAACUCUUUUAAGUUUUAUUGUGAAAGAUGAAACCGUAUAAUUUUCAAUAGUUUUUAGAUCACUAGGUAAGGAAUUGAAAAGACUCGAAACACUAUAUAUAGGAUAUAUUUUGUCGGUCUUAACUAAAGGGAGCCUCAAGGAGUUUCAAAAGCAUACUUUUCCAUUAUUUUGGCAAUGUUUGUUUUGCAUAUGUCGUAGCAGUUAUAUACGUCAAACGACGUAUGUAUGUAUAGAAAAAAUGCGAGGCCGUUAAUUUGAUUUCCGGUAGACACAACGAUUUUCUUUCAUUCGGGCUAAACAGAGUGCUUUAAAACCACUUGGUACAUUCAAGAAGAGUCUCUUCUCACACAAAAAGUUCCUAAUGCACGCUACAAAGCAUGCAUAAUGCAUGACCCAUGAUCGGUUCACAUACAAUUAAAUCUUGGGCCACAUAAAAUAAAUUCCUUGAUUCUCAUCACCGCCCGACUGUAUUUUAAGAGCCGCGUGAAAUUUUUUUAUAUUUUGUUAUACAAUAUAAAUGUACCGCCCAACAAAAUAUUUCAAGACAGUUAAGUUUUUUAUAUUUUAUAUUGGGUUUUUAUAGUGCCAUUUUAAACUGCCAAUUUCAAACAAAUAGAACCUUGAAAGAAAUUUCAUUGCAUUUUAACGGAACUUCGCAUUCAGUUCAAGGGCAGUUCAGUUUGUGACACUUUUAUUUAUUGAUAUAUAUAUUAAAUUAUAUGAAUAUAAAAUAUAAAAUAUAAACCUCCCGCCUCUUUGACAUUUUCAAAGUGUAGUGAUGAGAAUCAAGGAAUUUAUUUUAUGUGGCCUUGAUUUAAAUUAGGGAAUAAAAUUUCAAUUUAUAUCUAAUUUUAACCCGUUUGCCAAAAUGUUCCUCGUGAUGAAACGGUUUAUAAGAUUUUAGAAUUCAAAUUCCAUUCAACGAAAGAAUUUUUUUUCUUUUCACAGUGUGAUUUUGAGUUAUGUCUACGCGCGCAAAAAUCGCACAUCUUGUUAGCAAAUCGGCAUACCAACAACACGUAAAAACGCACAGCUUAUUGUAACAAGUCUGCAAACAAGUCUGUUCACAAGCUGUCAACAAGUUGUGUUCGCACUGCUUGUUCCCAGUUUGUUGUAACAAGUUUGGAAGAAGCUGUUAACAACUUGUAACAAGCUUGAUGUCAUUAUAUCAGACUUGUUACAAUUAAGACUGUGCUAACAAGUUUGUUAUACAGCCAUGAUAUAACAAGGAUGUUACAAGGUUGUCAACAUAAGGUUGUAGCAAUCUUCUAGUACCAAGCAUGUAACGGACUUGUCAGAACAACCUUGCAACAAGUCUGAUAGUUUCGACAAGGUUGUUACAAGUUGUCAACAAGUUGUUCCAAACCCGUUGACAACUUGUGACAAACAGUGCGACUAGAUACAUCUUGUUGACGGCUUGUUGGCAGACUUGUUGCAAGAUGCGAGAUUUUUGUGUGUAAACUGCAUGCUACACAGUCUUGAUGUAACAAUAUUGUUACAACCUUGUGUCGUCAACCUUGCAACAUUCUUGUUAUAUCAUGACUGUAUCAGACUUAUUAGAACAACCUUGUAACAAGCCUGCAUGAUAAUGCCAUCAAACUUGGUACAAGUUGGAAUGACAAAAUAGAAUGAUUUUAUCGAUUGGGCCAGACUUGCCACUGAAUAAGAGAGUGGAAAAAUGAUAACAAUCAAAGACAAUGGUGAAUUCCAAUGUCGAUCCAAUUCUGCAUGGGAACUUUUUCAAACACGUAGUAACACACGUCCGAACGCCGUGACUGAGAAAAUUGUCAGUAUAAUUGUCGUUGGCGAAAUAAAGCUUUUAACGAAAAUAAUUUACUAUAGUUAAAAUAAUUAAUUAAGUGAUCAUAUACUGCGUAUAUAUACUGUAUAUAUACAAAUGUGGUUUGGUUCACGAAAUGUCAAAGAUUGCCGCUCGAUAUCAUAAAAAUAGAUAGAGAAAAAAAAAAUCAUAAAAAUUCAUAAAAAUAGAUAGAGGAGAAAUAGUCAUUUUACCUCAAACGGUUGCCAUGCAUAACAGCCCUGUUUCAUCCAAGAGGAAUCGCCUGAUGAUUCCUCUUGGAUGAAACGCAGGCUGUUGUGGCAUCCUUUUGAGGUUCUUAAACGACUAUAUCUGUGAAGGAUUACUGAUAAUUAUACUUGUCAAUUAUAUUAUUAUGAAAGAACUAAAGGAAUAAACUGAUUAUUAAUUGAAGAACUCUUCGAGUGGAUGUCCGUGCUGGUAAAAGAAUUCUUCCAGCCUUUUGGCUGUUUGCUUGCAAUUGGCGUUUGGCUAUAUAUAGUUUUAAGUCUUGAUAAUACUUGAUUAUCUUUAAUUAUUAUGUCGAUUGAUUAUUUUGGAAGGUAUCAAAGACAAAGACUAUUUAGAUGCGAAACCAGAUUAGAUCACGUCCAAUGGACAUGUAUUGUUAAAUAUAAUUGUAGCAUUUCUGGGGUAUUUUUAAUUUUAAUUACAGCCCAAAUGAAUAUACAGAAUAUACCAUGCAAUGCAUGAAGACUUUUUGAAGUGCUGAAAUUAUUAUCUAUAGAAUGCUUAUGAAUGCGACGCCAUAUGACUGCAUAGCAAUGCCCACAGGCUAUACACCGUUUUAUUCGUCAUAAUUAUUAAAUUACUUCUUAAUUGAAACUAAAAGACUUAUUAUAAUAAGUCUUUUAGUUUCAAUUAAGAAGUAAUUUAAUAAUUAUGACGAAUAAAACGGUGUAUAGCCUGUGGGCAUUGCUAUGCAGUCAUAUGCCAUAUGGUGUCGCAUUCAUAAGCCGUUCUAUAGCUAGGGUAGUUAUUAAAAAACAAAAAAAAGAGAAAGUUUUGACGACUUAAAAAAUACUUGAAGUAAAAAGUAAAAGUACUAUUGUAUUUAGCAUGUAGAGGGAGGGGGGGGGGGACUUCUCCGAUGGAUCGACAUCACAAAAGAUCGCAAAACAACCCACCAUUAUAUGCGCGCACCUAAUAUAUAAUAUUUCACGACAUGGUUUAUACUUUCCAGCCACCUUUGGAGAUAUAAGAAAUCCAUUAAAUAAAUAAUGCUUAUGAUAAGUAAGCCACGAAAGAGAGAUCCCAGACGCAUGUAGAGGUUCUAUAUUACCUUUCCCAAAAUUAAAAUAAAUCAGGAAUAAAUGGCGUAAAAUUAAGACGUAUAUACAAAGCGAAAGCAAAACGAAAUAUAUCUCAAAACUUAGAAGAGCAGGUUGUCUCUGCAUUUCAACUGCUGCCGGUUAUUCUUUCAAACUUGCUAGGCUUCAAAAUCAGAUUCCAGAAAGAUUCAAGAUUAACUCACAGACGCGACUUGUUGUUCGAAAUUGAUGAGGGUGAACAAAUUGUACAAGAAGAAUAGCAUUGUUCUAGGCUUUUAUGAGAGUUUCGCUAUUGUCUCGACGUUCUAUUUCAAGCAUUGCCAUUGGCAAUUUUGCCAAACAGUUCAUCAUGGGCAUACUGCACAAUUACACACAUAAAUUACUGCCGUCCCCAGAUGAUGCAAACUAACACGCAUAACUGAUUAAACUGUAUAGAAGCGUUUUACAAAUGGAAGAUUCGAGUGUGCCUGUCUCUUUGUUUUAAAAAAUGAAAAUGGUAUUUCCGAUCUAUCGCCAUAUUAGGAUUUACCACUUACAUAGGGGAACAAAUAUUGCAGCUAUUAUUAAUUAUAUAGUUUGGGGAGAUAAAGAAUGCCAAAUUAGGCCAAAUAAAAAAAAACUUGCUUUUUUUAAAUUUUUUACUCGUUUUUAAAAUUUUUUAAUAGUAAAAUUUCAAAUAUUAAACUGUUUUAAACUGUAAUUAAAACGAAGAGAUUUACAUAAAAAAUUUUUUUAAAAAUUCAGAGGUGGCAAAAAUCGACAGGUGGGGCGAUGACGCUAACCAAGUAUUUUUUUUUAUUUGACCUUAUCAAGAUAUCAGGAUUUGGGCGUUAUAUACACGCUAUAUAUAUGAUGUUUGUGAUGUUCCUCUGAGUGUAUAUCCACACCGGGCGACUUUGAAAAAUAUGCCCGGCCACAGUGGGAAUCGCCCUACGACCUUUGGAAUUGACUAGCCCAUAUAUGAUUAUUUGUAUAAAAAGUUUUAUUUUCUCAUUUGAAAAAACUUUUGAAACGAUAUAUUAACUUCUUUUACUGAAUUUUCAUAUCUUGCUUAGUUCUAUGGUUCUUGAAAUAUUUUCACUUGAAGUAAUGAGAUGUCCGCCAUAUCUUGGAUAAAUUUUUGAUCUCAUUAACGGUAGUUUUGGUGACGUCACAACAGGGAUUAACCAUAUAAAAGUAUUCGUCGCUGACCAAAUAUUGAUUGGUAGAUGUUUUAAAGGUUUUGAGUGAUCUUGAUAUUUCGAAGGGCAGACAGAGUAUAGUUUUGAGUGCAAAAUGAUUAGUGGUUGUCUAGAUAAAAAUAUUGCGUGACCCCUGUUGUGACGCGAGAUGCAUAUCUACAAAAAUUUGAAGAUGGCGGACAUUUCAUUCCUUUCGAUCAAAAUAUUUGUAGAAGUAAGCAAGAUAUGAAAAAAAUGGUAAAAGAGUAUCUUUCUACAAUCAUCAAAAUGCCUCUGGCCGAGUAUCACUUCUCUAUGCAAAUAAUGCAAAUUGCCUACACAUUUAAUUGCGCAAUUUAUCAGUCUGUUGAUCAACAUGCAUGGCAAAUUUGGAAUGAUCACGAACUUUCAAAUAAAAAUUUAGAAGCAGAAAAAUGUUGCAUGGGGACGUCUUCGUUUUGUCCGCGAGAAACAUUAAGAACAUUUUGGAAGGCUUUAAAUCGCUCCAACAAUCGAAUUUUGCAUUUUUGCCGUUGGCAUUGAAAGUAUAACCAGCCCACAAUGGACAAGGUGCUAAGAAUUUGGCAAUUUCAGCUAAAUUGCCAAAUUAUCAAGAUGCCUUUAGAGUGUACACUUCUCUAAGGAAUGAAAAUUAUCUUUAAUUAUUUUAAAACUGCAUGCGCAAUUUAAUGCACCUGUGUGUUAAUCAACAUGGCAUAAAAUACAAAAGAACAUUAACUCCGUAUAACAUUUUUGUUUUGAUUUAUUGAAUCUACGUCUCGACCAGAUUGUAUAGUCAUCUUCAGGAUAUCAUCUUUAGGAUAUUUUUUCAUGUCAUCUUCAGGAUAUUUUCUCAAUCUUUUAUCCUGAAGAUGACUACAAUCUAGUCGAAACGUAGAUUCAAUAAAUCGAAACAAAAAUGUUAUUCGGAGUUACUGUUCUUACAUUUCAGAAAGCUUUAAAUCGUCCCAAUAUAAUCGAACUUUGCCAUUGGCAUUGAAAGUAUGGCCAGCCCAGAGCGGACAAGAUGGGGCUCAAGGGUUUAGAACUUAUAUUGACACAAUAUAGGAGAACAUUAAACUGCAUCCCUCAAUUUUAUUUAAUUGCCUCCAAUAAAAAAAAUUAAGAUCUAACCGCAAAUUCAUGUUGUAUAAGUACUAUACGGUGAUACUAGUGUACGGUGUAUGUAAAUAUCUAUAUAUAGUUUUUAAAUUUCAGAUCAGGCAACAGCUUGCCUUGCAUGAGGAUAUUAAAUUCGAUAAUUAAUCAAAACGAGAGAUUUGCCAAAUUGCCAAAUUAUCAAGAUGCCUUUAAGAGUGUUCACUUCUCCAAGGAUGCAAAUUAUCUUUAAUUAUUUAAACUGCGCAAUUUUAUGUAAUUGUCUGUUAAUCAACAUGGCAUAGUCACGCACUUUGAAAUAAGAAUGUAAAUGCAGAAAAACUUAGCAUGAACGUCUUAAUUUUGUCUGAAAAACAUCGACUUCAAAAGGGUUUGCUAAUUGUCGCAAUGAUCAGUUGAACUUUGUCAUUGGCAUUGAAAGUGUAGGGGAGGGAGGGACGAGCCUACAGAUAUAAGUGGCCCGCCCACAGCUGACAAAACCAUUCUCGGUGGGAGUUUCAAUCAUGCAGUGUUGUGGGGGCAUCAGAUGGUCCAUUUCAAACUUCAGAAACGCUGCAUGACAUUGAGCAAGUCUCUAGUCGAUUCUAGUUAUAAACUUUCAAAUACACUGAGGCAACACUACAUACAAUAUCUUUAUUUAACCUUACAAUCCUAAUUCCAAACAUAAUCAAUAGAAUUGGAAGGUUGGGGAACUCGAUGCAGACAUAACAUACCUCAUGAUGCAAGAAAUGGUUGGCUCAUCGCCUCGAGUGUAUUGUACUUUCGCCGAACCAACCAAUAGCAGUGCCAGUCAGUGUUGGUUUAAUUUACCCAGUCGUGAUAUUACACAAUGGUUUAAAUGAGAACAUAGCUAGUGGUUGCUCUGGUGAAAAUACAAUACACACGGGAUGUUUAUUAUGUCUGCAUCGACGUCCCCAGCCUUCUUAAUUAUCUAUUGACCAUGUUUCAAAGCUAAUCCGAAUCCUAAAACAUUCAAUUUUCUCAUUCUGAUAAUGUACUCAGGAAUGUAGAAAGAUCGCCAGGGGGCUGAAAAUUUCUUGUCGAAAAUUUCGUCCCUUCAUACACUGGCAUUACUAUUUAUGUCAACCGCUUUAUUUUUCUAGGCCAAAGAACUUUUCCGUCAAGUGUACGAGAAGCCCAUGGAAGCCUACCACGGCUCCCUGGACGCCAUCGAAUACAUCAAAGGCAUUAGUUUUCAUCCGGUGAAGGACCCAGCUUACAUGAGACGUAUGCACGUUUUCUUCAGUACACAACACAUACAUCGCUUACUCAUACGAAAACGUUCGUUGGAUCGCACUAUAGAAAACAUCGAGCCGUUCCUCAAAGGAAGCAUGCACUGGACGAACAGCCGGAAACUUCUGUCAGAUCACAACGACAGAUCGCAUCGCAACGCAAGAAAUAGCUCGCAACCUUGGGAGUCCUUCGACUUUUCGAAAGUUUGGGCUUUAACCGACAAACCGCCACUCCGUUACAUUCACGAUGGCACCGAAGCGGCAAUGACAAAAGUCGUAGAUUUCUCGAAAGAAAUUCUACUUCGCGACGGAGAAUCGAAUCUAUACGAGAAAAUCAGCUUUGACAAAUGGCAUAAUGGCUACAUGCGCGUCGAUCCCCUGACAGGCACGGAGUUUUGGGUCGAGCUUGGGACAAAAUACCAAACACGUGACCCCAACCAAGGGGCGAAGGUGACGCGCAUGCGUCGCACCGUGCGAAUACGCCAAACGUUUGGAAAAUUUAUUAUAAAACCCGAAGAAAACUACGGUGUCUCAAAAAUCCCGCUACAUUUUAUAGUUCCGCUAAUGGAAAGACUCGAAAACUUCAAAAGGUUUUUAAGGAGUUUUGAAGAAGACUUUAUUUUGAAUAAUGAUCCAGUGAAAUUACUUGUCGUCUAUUUUCCGGACGUGGCAUCAUCUGUCGAACAAAAGAAAGUAUUUGACCAGUACGUGAAGAAGUAUCCAUCAGUCGAAAUGAAAUGGCUGGAUGUAAAAGGGCCGUUCAAGAGAGCGGUCGGUCUGCAAAUUGGAACAGAUUAUUUCGGGAAUAAUUCCCUUCUAUAUUUUUGCGACGUCGACUUGGUCUUCCGACGCGAGUUUGCGGACCGAUGUCGCGCGAACGCGGUGCUUGGAAAGCGCGCGUAUUUCCCCGUCAUGUUUAGCCAGUUCAAUCCCAAGAUUACUUUCGCGAACAAAAGACAUCCGGGUCAUUAUUACUAUACGAAAGAAGCGGGUUUUUGGAGGUGGUACAGUUUUGGACCAGUCUGCGCGUACGCUAAGGACAUUAAUGACUCGGGAGGAUUGAACACGGGUUUACUCGGAUGGGGUUUGGAGGACGUAGAUUUAUACGAGAAGUUCUUAAAGAGGUCUGAUAUAGAGAUAUUUCGCGCGCCAGAUCCAGGCCUCGUGCACGUGUACCACCCGCACGCGCCUUGCGACCCGAAGUCCACAGAAGAACAGCAAACGAUGUGUCGGGCUGCGCAAGCUGAUAUUUAUAGUUCAGCACCAUCGUGUGUGGACUACCUACAUACUAAAGGAUAUCUUGGAUAUUUCUUAUAAUAUUAAAAUAAUAUGUCCAAGCCCUAGGUUUGGUUAUUAUCAUCGAUAUAUCGCCCGCGACUCGCGGUUCGGGCGGGGAGAAAUAUGCCCCAAAAGUUAUACGAGGAUCAUCCGUCUGACGAGAACAUCCGUCAACACAAGAUGAAAUACACACCGUAAAAACGCACAAGUUGUUCCAGGUCUGAAAACAAGUUGUUACAAAUCUGUUCACAAGCUGUCGACAAGUUGUGUUCGCACUGCUUGUUCCCAGUUGUUGCAACAAGUUUGGAACAAGUUGUUAACGACUUGUAACAAGCUUGAUGGCAUUAUCAGACUUGUUACAAGGUUUUUCUAACAAGUCUGAUUCAGUCAUGAUAUAACAAGAAUGUUACAUGGCUGACGACAUAAGGUUGUUACAAUAUUGUUAUAUCAUGACUGUAUCGGACUUGUUGGAACAACUUUUCAACAAGUCUGAUAAUAUCGGCAAAGUUGUUACAACUGUUAACAACUUGUUCCAAACUUGUUGACAGCUUGGGACAAGCAGUGCGAACACUCGACUUGUUGACGAUAUUUACGAUUUAAAGGAAAGUAAGAUAUGCUAUUGAAAAGAAGGAAAAAAUUAAUUUAUUUGUAAAAGUCAUUGCCAAAACAACACUUCAAUUUUCAAUAGUUCAUACUUGUGUUUAGAAGAUGUUAAUAUUCGAAAUAUGUUUAAUUUAUCUUCUAUUUAUUAGCAAAAUUGUCUGCUGGCAAGGCAUUUUAGUUCAGUGGUUUUACGUUUAAUGCCAUACUUUCCCAACUCCGGUGCGUAAAUCGACCAUUACGAACAAAAGACAAAUUAAUCCCGCUUAGAAGACACAGAUGAACUUUAUUUUCUUCGCGUUUUUUCUGCUGCCAUUUUUUAAAUGGAAACAAGGGUUGGGAAAUUCGAUGAUUUUAACCAAAUUUAUGGUGGGGACAGCUAGAUUGUUAGCUAGAUUAAUUAUGUAAUUAAGACUGAAUAUUUAUAGAAGAUAUAAAACAGCUCUGUUUGUAUUUAGUACCAAUUCUACAAGCAAGAGUAGUUAAUAUUUUAAAUGCAGAACGUUGUGUUUUGGGUUAGACAAUUAUUUAUAAUUUAUAAAUUAAUUUAUGACAUGAUUCACAUCUGAUUCAAGAUAAGAGGAUCGCAAACUUCCUAAGAAAUUAUUAUUACAGUAACUGAGGAGGAUUAAUUUUAAAGGAUUCCUUUAGAGGUGAACAAAUCUGUGGUCGUGUAUAAAUUUACAUGACAGAAAUGGAGUUAGAAUACAAUAUUUAGGAAAUGUGUUACUUGUUUUCAAAAUUAUGAGAUUUGGAAUAUUUUUAUAAAGAUUUAAAGUUUGAAAUAUGGAA